AUGGAAAUAGAUGAUGAAUAUACUAAAAUAAAAAAAAAGAAAGAAAAUUCAGAAAUUGAUAAAAUAAAAGAAUAUAGUAUCAUUAAAGAUUUAGGAGAACAAAAAGCAAAUAUCACUUUCAAACAACUAAUUAAAGAAUCUAAAAAAAUAGAACAAGAAUUAAAGAAUGUAAUAAAAAGACCAGUAUUUCAAGAAUUGAAAAACAUAGAAAAAGAACACAGAAAAUUAAAAAGAAAAAUUGAUAAAGAAGAAGAUAUAUUUAACCUAAAAGAAACUUACAAACUUAAUGAAUAUGAAGUAAGAACAGAUAAAAUAAUGGAAAAACUUUAUAAUAGAAUAGAAGAAAGUAAAGAAUCAGAAAAUAAUAAUUCAGAUAAAGAUUGA